UAGAGAUAAGUGCAGUUCUACCAGGCAGGCAGCAGCAGCCAGGCAGGUACUACUACCGAUGUCGCAACGACAUAAUCUAACCUCUUGAAAAAAACUAGCAGCGUCCUACUCGAAGUAACUGUCAGUUCACGGUACGUCAUCGUAAAGCGACUCGAUUAAGGUUAUUUUCUGUAUAGCCGACCUGUAAUUAGUUCGUCAACCGAUAAGCGAAUCCACAUACGCGACACACAUGGCUAACAGAUCGCUGUUAGAUGGUAAAUCAUAAAAAUUUAAACACGUCGAAGCCAAGGAUAAGAAUAGUGUCUCAAUCGAAGAAUUGGAACGGUAUUCGCCACGGCUUUUACAGAGAUGGUUGGAUUGGCGGGCGGGGGAGGACAUCUGUAUCCCUCGCCCCCAAUGCAACCUAAUCCAGAAUUGAGAGAGAUGACUGGAAUUGCCCCCACUGCCCCAACAAGUGCAGAUGCUUGUUUGAGCAUAGUACAUUCAUUAAUGUGUCAUCGUCAAGGUGGUGAAAGUGAAGGAUUUAGCAAGCGAGCCAUUGAAUCUUUAGUAAAAAAACUUAAAGAAAAACGCGAUGAAUUAGAUAGCUUAAUAACUGCUAUCACAACAAAUGGAGCACAUCCCAGCAAAUGUGUUACAAUACAAAGAACUCUUGAUGGUAGGCUACAAGUUGCUGGUCGUAAGGGUUUCCCACAUGUAAUAUAUGCAAGAAUCUGGAGAUGGCCAGAUUUACACAAGAAUGAACUAAAACAUGUUAAAUACUGUCAAUUUGCCUUUGACUUGAAAUGUGAUUCUGUAUGUGUAAAUCCAUAUCAUUAUGAGAGAGUUGUAUCUCCUGGCAUAGACCCGUUCUUUACAGACCUGUCUGGGCUGACUCUACAAUCAGGAGUGGGUGUUGGACCAGGUGGUAGAUUGGUCAAAGAUGAGUACUCUGUUGGUGGUGGAGGAACUGCAGCAGCUGGAGCAGUAGGAACUGCAAUGGAUGUUGAUGGAGAAAUUAAUCAGACCAUUCAGCAUCAUCCCCCUACUCAACCCACUUCAUCUAACAACACUCAACCAUCUCAGCAAACUUUUAUACCAGGCCUAGCACCACCUAAUCCAACUAGUGGUGAGGGUAUGUUUGGCAGUAAUGGGGGAGGGAAUAAUGGUGGUAACCCUCACAAUAAACUGGACGACAGUAAUUGUCCCAGACAAACCUGGAUUCCUACACCUCAUCAUCCUACAACACGUAACAUUCAUCAUCCAGUAGUACAUCCAAUGAGUCACACCGUAGGUAACCAACAGCAGUCAUUGAGUACAUCUAGUGGAGGAAAUGGCACACAAAUGCUCAGUACUUCGCAAGGACAGUCUACUGAAGCUUUCUAUGGAACUAAUACUCCACCUCAAGACCUUAAUCAGCCCCCAAGUGUUGAUGCAUUAGCAGCAUCUUUAGGGGAUGGUCAGAAUUCACCUGUAUCACCUGUACAUAUUCAUCAUCCAAAUGGAUUUCCAGUAGGUACAGCUGCUUAUAAUUCGGGGGCACCGCAGUGGACUGGAGCGAAUACUCUUACAUAUACUCAGAGCAUGCAACCUCCAGAUCAUAGACACCUACAUCCUACUUCUUAUUGGGGUGGUCAUGGUGGUGAUGUAGGUGGAAACAUUGGUGGUUUGCUCUCUACACAACCAGCACCUGAAUAUUGGUGUUCUGUUGGUUAUUUUGAAUUAGAUACUCAAGUAGGUGAAACGUUUAAAGUAAGCAGUGGUUGUCCUACUGUCACAGUCGAUGGAUACGUCGAUCCCAGCGGUGGUAAUAGAUUUUGUUUAGGAGCCUUGAGUAAUGUACACAGAACAGAACAAAGUGAAAAAGCACGACUUCACAUAGGAAAAGGCGUUGUGCUCGACUUAAGAGGGGAAGGAGACGUUUGGUUAAGAUGCCAAAGCGAACAUAGUGUCUUUGUACAAUCCUAUUAUUUAGACAGAGAAGCAGGUCGUGCACCUGGAGAUGCGGUACAUAAAAUUUAUCCCUCCGCAUAUAUUAAAGUUUUCGAUUUACGACAGUGUCACAAGCAAAUGAGAGGGCAGGCCGCUACUGCUCAGGCUGCAGCCGCGGCACAAGCUGCUGCUGUGGCAGGACACUUAACGCACGGAGCACCAAUUACUAAAAGUUUAAGUGCGGCAGCUGGUAUAGGCGUAGAUGAUCUCCGACGACUCUGCAUUUUACGUUUAAGUUUUGUUAAAGGUUGGGGUCCUGAUUAUCCCCGGCAAAGUAUAAAAGAAACUCCGUGCUGGAUAGAGGUGCACUUACAUAGAGCCCUUCAGUUACUAGAUGAAGUCUUGCACACUAUGCCAAUAGAUGGUCCACGGGGAAUUGAAUAAUUUUAUUUAUCUUUGAAUAACAUAUAUGAUAUGAAAAAAGACAUCACAUUGCUACAGACUCUGCAUUAAGUAUGCAAAAUGUAUAAAAAGCAGACAUAUAUGAUACUGUGUGGUAUCGUUGAGGAACAACAACAACAAAAGCUGUUGGUAUAAAUGAAACCGGUGCGAACUUCAAAUCGAGAACAAACAUUGAAUCGCAUUGGAACAUUAACUGAAAUUCUUUAUAUAUUUUACACACGUGAUUUAUCGCGUAAGAUGAAAUGUAUGCCACGGCCUUGCAUUACCGUCAACGUACAAACGUUAUGCAAAAGAAAUAUUAUUUUUCUUUAUGAAAAAUUAUUUUUUAAGAGGAAAGGAGUGCAUCUACGAAAACAAGCGAAGGUAGGAUGAAAGACUUCUAUUUUAAUAGGCAGUCGG